GCGGGCGGGCGGGCGGCGGACGGGGGCGGGCGGGCCUGCGAGCGCGGCGGCGGCGGCGUCUCCAUGGGGCCGGCCCGAGGCGGCCGUGCGCGCUGAGAACAUUCCAACGCUGCAUUGAGAGCACUCACAUCUUCAGCGGGGCUGGGAUUUCCUGGACAACUUUUCUUUGUGAGAAAUCUGGCAAUUUCUUUAAAGGUCAUCAAGUAGUUUCCGUUGUUGUGCAUCAAAGGAACGUCCAGAAACCAUGAACAACUUUAGUAAUGAAGAGUUUGACUGCCAUUUCCUUGAUGAAGGCUUCACUGCCAAGGACAUUCUGGACCAAAAAAUCAAUGAAGUUUCUUCUUCAGAUGACAAAGAUGCCUUCUAUGUUGCCGACCUGGGAGAUAUUCUAAAGAAACAUCGGAGGUGGUUAAAAACUCUUCCUCGGGUCACCCCCUUUUAUGCUGUCAAAUGCAAUGAUAGCAGAACCAUAGUGAAGACCCUUGCUGCUAUUGGGGCAGGGUUUGAUUGUGCCAGUAAGAAUGAAAUACAAUUGGUGCAGAGUCUUGGGGUGCCUCCAGAGAGGAUUAUCUAUGCAAAUCCGUGUAAACAAGUGUCUCAAAUUAAGUAUGCUGCCAAUAAUGGAGUCCAGAUGAUGACGUUUGACAGUGAAGUUGAGCUGAUGAAAGUUGCCAGGGCACAUCCCAAGGCAAAGUUGGUUUUGCGGAUUGCCACAGAUGAUUCCAAAGCAGUUUGUCGCCUCAGUGUUAAAUUUGGUGCCACACUCAAAACCAGCAGGCUGCUUUUAGAACGGGCAAAAGAACUGAACAUUGAUGUCAUUGGUGUCAGCUUCCAUGUGGGCAGUGGCUGUACUGAUGCUGAGACCUUUGUGCAGGCCAUUUCUGAUGCUCGCUGUGCCUUUGACAUGGGGGCUGAGGUUGGCUUCAAUAUGUAUCUGCUUGAUAUUGGUGGUGGUUUUCCUGGAUCUGAGGAUGUAAAGCUUAAAUUUGAAGAGAUCACCAGUGUAAUCAACCCAGCACUUGACAAGUAUUUUCCCUCUGACUCGGGAGUGAGAAUCAUAGCUGAGCCGGGAAGAUACUAUGUUGCCUCAGCAUUCACACUUGCAGUUAAUAUCAUUGCUAAAAAACUUGUUAUAAAGGAACAGACGGGCUCUGAUGAUGAAGAUGAGUCGAGUGAACAGACCUUUAUGUAUUAUGUGAAUGACGGAGUAUAUGGAUCAUUUAAUUGCAUCCUUUAUGAUCAUGCACACGUGAAGCCUCUUCUGCAAAAGAGACCCAAACCAGAUGAGAAGUAUUACUCCUCCAGCAUAUGGGGGCCGACAUGUGAUGGCCUGGAUCGUAUAGUUGAGCGCUGUGACCUGCCUGAGAUGCAUGUGGGUGAUUGGAUGCUCUUUGAAAACAUGGGUGCUUACACAGUUGCUGCUGCCUCGACUUUCAACGGAUUCCAGAGGCCCACUAUCUACUAUGUGAUGUCAGGGCCAACAUGGCAACUCAUGCAGCAGAUCCAGAGCCGUGAGCCCUCAGAAGCAGAGGAGCAGGAUGUCAGCGCUCUGCCUGUGUCCUGUGCACGGGAGAGUGGCAUGAAGCGACCCCCAGCAGCCUGUGCUUCCACUAGUAUUAAUGUGUAGAUUCUACUCUUGUAGCUCUUCACUGCAAGUUUAGCUUGAAUUAUGGGAUUUGGGGGACCAUUUAACUUAAUUACUGCUAGUUUGGAAAUGUCUUUGUAAGCAGGGAGGGUUGGCACAGAUGCAACAAUAUGAAGACUAGGAGAUGGGUCACACUUAUCUGUGUUCCUAUGGAAACUAUUUGAAUACUUGUUUUAUAUGGAUUUUUAUUCACUUUUCAAACAUGCUACUAAAGAGCGCCCCCUCAGCUGCUAGAGCACAAGCAUUUGUAGCUUGGGCAUUGGCAGAAUAGGGGUACUAAAGCUUAGUGUCCUCAUCUGUUUUAAAAUAAAGUAUCUUGAAAUAAUUAGGCAUCAGGAAAUUUUUAGUGUGUCCAUCCACACCGCUCACUUUGAAUGUGUUCUAUGAAUGGGAAUUCUUAUUCCUGUAAACAUGAGUUGAUGGUUUUCAUUAUUUUGAAAAUCCUUUGAAACGAAUGCCUUUGUGUUUUGUUCCAAGUGACAGGAGUCCCGUGAAAUUUGCUGUGGACUGACAAAGCUAGUGGAUCCUAGCUCAAGGGAAGGUAGAAGGGAGAGCUUGGAGACAUCUUCCCCUGGUAUUCAUCUGAGCACCCAGCCCUUGCCCCACUUAGUGGCAGCAAUGAACUUCAAAGCCUCAGAGCCCCUGGAUAAUUGGCUGACCUGCUCCUCCCAAUGACCAGUGCUCGUGCAAGGCAUGAGGCCCUCUGUUCCUGCUUACAGAGCCCACAGGCUUCGCCUUCUCACCCUGACUUCACUCCCAGGACAGAUUGUGUCACGCACACAUUAGGACUGUAAUAAAUUUGACAGUCAAAGUACUUAAAUAAAUCCAGCAA